CACCACCUCUUGUCCUACUCCGUACGUAAAACUUUUGGACCGUUGGGACAGCGCUGGUUAAUGAGCAUGGCCAAAUGCCUAUAUCCUCUCAGAAUGAUCGCAAUUCUUCAUUAGAGCUGCUUCUGCAUUUGUUUUCUUCAUAAUUUUCCAUGGUGAAUUUUGGCUCAUCGUUUUUGUGCUACGCUUGAACCGUUGACAUGCCUGGCACGCGACCUCGCAGACGCUCAUCCUCAAGCCAUGCUUAUUCACGACAACCAGCGCCAGAACUUUCACGUCCACAAAUAACGACGAGAUCUUACACCAGUGACGUGAGAAUUCCUAAGAUGGAUUAUUCUCGUCAUCCUCGUGGACGUGAUCAUUCGCAAGACACAAUGUCCAGUUACAGAAUCACUCGGAAUGUGACCAAGCGAAGGAGAUGGCCACCUUCACCUUCAGUGGAGGAUGAGACCGAAGCAUUGUCCAAAGAACUGGGUUCGUCUGAUUCUCUCAGCUCCUCCGAUCCAAAUGGCGGUGAGGUGCCCUCACGUGGGACCGUCGAUCAGCAGCCGAUUCUGUUGGAGGUUCUUCCCCGCGCCGAUCCACCCCACAAUUCCAAAACAUCUGAGCGCCAAAAAGAUGUGCAAAGUAGCUUUGAUGCACGGAAAGACGGGUUGUCGAAGCAUCAAGGUCCGCCGGCAACGCAGGCAGGCUCAAGAUUAGAUGACACCAAUGAUGACGAUGUUAUCCAUGUACCUCGUCGACAACCGUCGCCUUAUGCUUACUCUAAAACUGCUAUCCCUUCACAAGGUAAUACUCAUAAGUCGUCAAAAAUUGUCGGGUUGGAAACUGAGGUUCAACCUCCAAACGUGAAGCAUUCCAGUCCGGCUUCGUCUCGGGAGAAGUCGAAUGAAAAUUACCAGGCAGGCUCUUCCGCCUGGCAACCAUCGAUUGACAGUCAGCAGUAUAGUUCAAGCGCCUGGCGCGAGAACGAUGUUACUGCCGCACCACAUGGGAGAGUAUCGUCCCUACAAGGCGAUGGAUCAUACCAACGAGAGAAACAAUGGGAAAAAUAUCUCAACAGUCUGCCACCGUCAGAGCACCUGUCAACAUCAAGACAACGGUCGGCCAAUGGCGACAGACCCGGCUGGCAUGGUUCAAUGAGUGGCGGAUCUUCGUCACCAAUCAGUCACGAAACUUAUUAUGACUCUCAUGAAAGAAAGUCAAGGCCUUCUUCAUGGAGCGGCAGAUCUUCCGCUCAGAGCUGGGGAGCAAGCGAAAACAAGGCAGAAGUUCGAUCACCCUCAGUUUUACCAUCUCCCCCACACUCUCCAGGAUACAUUUCCCAUGGAAGUGAAAAGGAUCACUAUCUGCGAGUGAAUAAGCAUCGAAGUCAUUCACCAGCUAUCUCGCCUCGACCGCCGUCGCCACUCUCACCAUACAAAAACUUGAACUCGCACUCAAAAGAGUCGUUCUAUGAUGAGUAUCCAACUCCAGUUGAUCCAGACGAGCCUUCAUUAUACGGAUUUGGCAAGAAUUCUCCCCGACACUCUACCUUCCCGAUUGAACGCCCACGAAUCGAGAUUAGCUCACCUUCAUCCCAUAGACGGACUCCUUCAGCUCCUAUUUAUCUUCGCGAGCAAGCCCCGUUUCUGCAACCUCCCCCACGGUUGGGUCCCAGAUCUGCCUCAUACAGCGAUCGGGCGCCUUCGCCAAAAACAUUUCCAUUGCAUGCUCAAGCACCGUUCCACCAUCAUCAUAAUCCACCCCCGGGGUUUUCACAUUCACCAGCAUAUCACGAUCCAAUCAGCUCACACAUGGCUCAGCCAACGCCUUCUUUCAAGGCACAACUAGAAGCUCUUCGUAUCUGCCGUCGGUCUCGUCCAUCUUCGCGAUACAAUGACUGGUAUACGCUGAGAGAUUACCCAAAGUACGACAUAUGCCCUUCGUGCCUCGACACCGUAUUUGGGCCUGCAGGGUUUAAAGAUUUUUUCAAGCCUUCGGCACCCAAACCACCAGGGACUCGCUCAAAGUGCAUGUUCAGCUUCCGCUGGGUGCGAAUGGCAUGGAUCUUGACACUCCGGCGGCGCCUUGGUAACCUUGGCCUCAUCUUUGCCGUUCUUCACGUCAUGUCUACCGAGGAGCCAUGUCCCGGCGAAAUGGGAACAUGCUCGCACUGGCGUGCGCCUGUCGACAGUGGCGGCGACAUUGUCGAGGACUUUCUAGUCUGUCCGCGCUGCAUUGCAUUAGUCGGCGCCAUCUUUCCUUGCUUCCGAGGAUCCAGUACUUUCCAGCGCAUCCAGCUGCCGAACUUGCACGGAGCGGAAUCAUGUGGUCUCCGAGCCAGCAGCACUCGAUUCGCAGCAUAUAUCGAGACGCUCGAGUACAUCUCCGAGCAGUCUCGCAUCUCGCGCACGCCCCCCGAUACCGACCGCCUUGUUUCCUUCAUCGACGCCCGCCUCGACCUGCCUGAAUGUCGCAAGGACGACCGGCUCCAAGGCAACUUGUGGCAUUUCAUCAGCGACGUUCCACACUUCACCGUCUGCGAGGAAUGCUAUUUCGAUGUCGUCCUCCCCGAGGCCAAGCGCGGAUCAUGGGUCGCUCGACAGCUCCAUCCUCAUCCUCGGCGCCUCUUGCCUCAGCACGAGCCCGUCAGCUGCCAGCUGUAUUCAGAGAGGAUGCGCACCAUCUUUCGACUUGCAGCGAGUCGAGACGAUCUCGAGUAUCUCGUCGAUCAGGCCAGACGCAGAAAACAAGUCGAAGAAGCGCUGCAAGAGGAGUUCUCGCAAUUGAUUCGCACCAAGCCGGGACUCACAGAGCAUAGGGUUGUCUUUGGACAAGAACAUAAUGCAUUGAUGGAUGAUCAUAUGACUGCCGCUCAGUUGGAUCGCAUUGUCGAGACGUGGAAGCAAUGGGAAUGA